UGUUCUCAUUAGGGGACGAUCUAUGAUUUGACAGCCUCUCUGCUGCUGCUCCUGCUGCUGCUUCUGCUGCGGCUGUAUGGUCUGUCAUCAGUUGGAAAGGGCUGUGAGGGUUUAGCGGAACCGCAGUUCUGAAGACGGAGCAGUGCUAAGUGGUCUCCCAGUCAAACAAAGUAGAGGAGGUUUUCUGCAGGAUUGGAAACUCUCACUUAUUCAUUUGCCUGGAAAAGCAGGCAGCACUACAGAGGAAAAGGGGGAGAGAACCACUGCGAUAAAGGCAGGGCGCUGGGAAGAUGUGUUGAAAAGGGUUUCAGAGAAACCUCAAGCCACUAAAGAUGGAAAACGAGACAGUAAGUGAACUGAACCAAACACAGCUUCAGCCUCGGGCAGUGGUGACCCUAGAAUACCAAGUGGUCACCAUCUUACUCGUGCUCAUUAUUUGUGGUCUGGGCAUCGUGGGCAACAUCAUGGUAGUCCUGGUGGUCCUGAGAACCAAGCACAUGAGGACCCCUACAAACUGCUACCUGGUGAGUCUAGCAGUAGCUGAUCUCAUGGUCCUGGUGGCCGCAGGCCUCCCCAACAUAACGGACAGUAUCUACGGUUCCUGGGUCUAUGGCUAUGUGGGAUGCCUCUGCAUCACUUACCUCCAGUACUUGGGCAUUAAUGCCUCCUCUUGUUCAAUCACAGCCUUUACUGUUGAGAGGUACAUAGCAAUCUGUCACCCCAUCAAAGCCCAGUUUCUCUGCACAUUUUCCAGAGCCAAAAAGAUCAUCAUCUUUGUCUGGGCUUUCACAUCCAUUUACUGUAUGCUCUGGUUCUUCUUACUGGAUCUCAAUAUUAGCACCUAUAAAGAUGCUAUUGUGGUGUCCUGUGGCUACAAGAUCUCCAGGAAUUACUAUUCACCUAUUUACCUAAUGGACUUUGGUGUCUUUUAUGUUGUGCCAAUGAUCCUGGCCACGGUCCUCUAUGGAUUCAUAGCUAGGAUCCUCUUCUUGAAUCCCAUUCCUUCAGAUCCUAAAGAAAAUUCUAGAACAUGGAAAAAUGAUUCAACCCAUCAGAACAAGAAUUCAAAUUCAAAGACCUCUAAUAGAUAUUUCAACAGCACAGUAUCUUCAAGGAAGCAGGUCACCAAGAUGCUGGCCGUGGUUGUCAUUCUGUUUGCCCUUUUAUGGAUGCCCUACAGAACUCUUGUGGUUGUCAACUCGUUUCUCUCCAGCCCUUUCCAAGAAAAUUGGUUCUUGCUCUUUUGCAGAAUUUGCAUUUAUCUCAACAGUGCCAUCAACCCAGUGAUUUACAAUCUCAUGUCCCAGAAAUUCCGUGCAGCCUUCAGAAAGCUCUGCAACUGUAAGCAGAAGCCAGCAGAGAAACCAGCUAACUACAGUGUGGCCCUAAAUUACAGCGUCAUCAAGGAGUCAGAUCAUUUCAGCACAGAGCUUGAUGACAUCACUGUCACUGACACUUACUUGUCUGCCACGAAAGUGUCUUUUGAUGACACCUGUCUGGCUUCUGAAAUAACCUUUAGCCAAAGUUGAUUCAUAGAGUAGAAGAAAAUGUAUGACAAAGAAAAUGAGAAUCCUGUGUGGUUAUCACCCCAGGAGAGAAAAUAGCCAAUAUUCAUGUAAAGACAGAGCAGAUAAAGUCUUUGCCGAUGCUCUAACAAACCCUGGCCCAAGAUACCUUAACCCAAGAGAAUGAUUCACAUUUUCCUUCUCGUAUCAAAAAAUAUAUAUCAUAAAAAAUUGAGCAGAUCUGUGAAUGAUCCAAAUGGUAGAAACUCAAAGGGUAGCCCAGUCCAUUUAAUUUGAGAAAUUUACUGUAUUUUCCGGGGCUAUGAAGUUUAGUUAAAAUGUAGACAUCAAUUUGCCUUACUCAUAAUACUUUAUCAAGUGUAAUUUUUCA